AGAGCAGUAGGUUAGUGGUAGAGAGAGAGAGAGAGAGCUGUGAAACUAUGUCGUGAGGGAAAAAGAGAGCGCAGUAGGUUAGUGGUAGGUAAACUCUUUGCUUUACUCUUCGCUAAAUCGUCCGGUAGUUUCCAUGUCCUCUACUUCUUACAACUUGAAAACUCUGCUGGUUGGCUGACUGCUCCUACAGCACCGGAUCAGAGCGCAGCCGUAAUGCCGCCCUGUGUCCCCUCUCUCCCCAACAGGGACAGCGACACGACCCUCCGACUCACCCUGGAGGACCGAACUCUUCCCCGGGCACAGUGCUGUUAGGAGCGGCGCCGGGCUGGAAGAAGAAGGGACUCAGAGUGUCGGAGCUCGGCUAUAGCCUUUUUGUCUGGGACUGGGACUGCACCGGGACAGACAGACAGACGUUCCGCCAUGAGACAUUAGCGGCUACCGCCUGACACACACAGCACACAGCCAAGUCGGACAUCCAGUCUUCACAAUGAGCCGUUAAAUUCCUGCUCUCGUCUCCGGAGUGGAGGAGAAGAGGAGGCAGCGAAGAGUUUCAUUCAUCUCUCUUCGUGUGUGUGUGUGUGUGUGUGUGUGAGCUGGACCGCGUUCCAGCCGUGGUGGACGUUAAGAUGCGGUGGAUAACGCUGUUAGUAGUGGGUCUAACGGUCUGGACUACUCUGUCUCACUGCUUCGACUAUGAAGAACCCAGUUUUGACUAUUACAACGAAGGAGACAAGACGGAAAAUAUAGACUACAAAGACCCGUGUAAAGCCGUUGCGUUUUGGGGAGACAUUGCGUUGGACGAGGAGGAUCUGCGGAUGUUUCAGAUCGACAGGACAAUAGACGUGACACAACACACACACACUCCCUCACACACUCACACACACUCUCACACACACACUCACACACACUCCAGACAAGGACAAACGACUGACUAUAGGCCUAUGAACUCCAGUCAAGAACCAGCCUCCGGUCCCAGGACCCAGACUGGGAAAACAGCUGCUGGAAGGACUGGGAAGGCUGGGAAAGCCGUAAAGAGUGGGAAUACUGUGAAGUCGGCUAGAUUCGGGAAAACAGAGAAUGCCUGGAGCGAUGUUGUGAAGAAUCGUGUUCCUAGAGCAGCAACCUCCCGAGCUGAGAGGAUCUGGCCAGGGGGAGUCAUACCUUACAUCAUAGGAGGAAACUUCACCGGCAGUCAAAGAGCGAUGUUCAAGCAGGCGAUGCGUCACUGGGAGAAACUGACCUGCGUGACCUUCAUAGAGAAGACUGAAGAAGAGAGUUACAUCGUCUUCACGUACAGACCCUGUGGCUGUUGCUCCUACGUGGGUCGUCGUGGUAAUGGUCCUCAGGCCAUAUCGAUAGGGAAGAACUGUGAUAAGUUUGGCAUUGUGGUUCAUGAGUUGGGUCACGUGAUCGGGUUCUGGCAUGAACACACCCGGCCCGACCGAGACGAUCACGUCACCAUCAUCAGAGACAACAUACAACCAGGUCAGGAGUAUAACUUCUUGAAGAUGGAACCAGGAGAGGUGAACUCGCUGGGAGAGCCUUAUGACUUCGACAGCAUCAUGCAUUAUGCUAGGAACACCUUCUCACGAGGUAUGUUUCUAGACACCAUCCUCCCAUCUAGAGAUGAGAAUGGGAUCCGUCCUGCCAUUGGACAGAGGACCCGACUCAGUAAAGGAGACAUCUCUCAGGCCAGGAAGCUCUACAGAUGCCCCGCGUGCGGGGAGACCCUACAGGAGUCGACAGGUAACUUCUCGUCGCCCGGUUACCCCAACGGUUAUCCCUCGUACACACACUGUGUCUGGAGGGUCUCUGUCACCCCGGGAGAGAAGAUUGUUCUAAACUUUACCACUAUGGACCUGUAUAAGAGCUCUCUCUGUUGGUAUGACUACAUAGAAGUUAGAGAUGGAUACUGGAGGAAGGCCCCACUGCUAGGUAGGUUCUGUGGGGAUCAGGUUCCUGAGGGUCUGGUGUCGGCAGAGAGUCGGAUGUGGAUUGAGUUCCGAAGCAGCAGUAACUGGGUGGGAAAGGGAUUCACAGCUGUUUAUGAAGCUGUCUGUGGAGGAGAGAUCUUGAAGGAUCAGGGCCAGAUUCAGUCCCCUAACUAUCCUGAUGACUACCGUCCAUCUAAAGACUGUGUUUGGAGGAUCACCGUCUCAGAGGGGUACAACGUAGGACUCAGCUUCCAGGCCUUUGAGAUUGAGAGACAUGACAGCUGUGCCUACGACUACCUGGAGGUGCGUGACGGCCCGGCCGAAUCCAGCCCUCUGAUUGGUCGAUUCUGCGGGUACGACAGACCAGAGGACGUCCGCUCCACCUCACACAGCCUCUGGAUGAAGUUCGUCUCCGACGGAACCGUCAACAAGGCCGGCUUCGCUGCCAACUUCUUCAAAGAGGAGGAUGAGUGUUCUAAGCCAGAUAACGGAGGCUGUGAACAGAGGUGUGUCAAUACGCUGGGCAGCUUCAAGUGUGCCUGCGACCCUGGGUACGAGCUGGCCCUGGACAAAAAGAGCUGUGAAGCUGCAUGUGGAGGUCUUCUGUCUAAGCUGAACGGAACCAUCUCCACUCCCGGCUGGCCCAAGGAGUACCCCCCUAAUAAGAACUGUGUGUGGCAGGUAGUUGCUCCAACCCAGUACAGAAUAUCAAUGCAGUUUGAAUCCUUCGAGCUGGAGGGCAACGAGGUGUGUAAGUAUGACUUUGUGGAGGUGCGUAGCGGCCUAUCGUCAGACAGUAAGCUGCACGGAAAAUACUGCGGUACGGAGGUUCCCGAGGUCAUCACAUCACAGUACAACAACAUGAGAAUAGAGUUCAAGUCUGACAACACCGUGUCCAAGAAGGGCUUCAAGGCUCACUUCUUCUCUGACAGGCCUGCGUUGUGUCACGAACGCGUGUUUGUGUUUGAGUCGUGUCACGACGCCAAGCGACCUCGACCCCGUAACAAUGACAAUGCGCCGGCGACCUCAGGCAGGGUCAGAGAUAAGGAUGAAUGCAGUAAGGAUAAUGGCGGCUGCCAACAUGACUGUAUAAACACAGUGGGAUCGUACGUAUGCCAGUGUCGACACGGAUUCAUACUACAUGAGAACAAACAUGACUGUAAAGAAGCUGAGUGUAAGCAUAAGGUCCACAGCCCCAGCGGGACCAUGAACAGCCCCAACUGGCCUGAUAAAUAUCCCAGUAGGAAGGAAUGUACCUGGGACAUCACCACUACACCUGGACACAGAGUCAGACUGUCAUUUAAUGAAUUUGAGAUCGAGCAGCAUCAGGAGUGUGCAUAUGAUCACCUGGAGGCCUUUGACGGGGAGGGUGACUCAGCAGCCAUCUUGGGUCGGCUGUGUGGCAGUAAGAUUCCGGAACCGCUGGUCUCCACGGGUAACAAGAUGUACCUGCGUUUCAUCUCUGACGCCUCGGUUCAGAGGAAAGGAUUCCAGGCCACACACUCCACUGAGUGUGGAGGGAGGUUGAAGGCAGAGACUCGUCAGAAGAACCUCUACUCACACUCCCAGUUUGGAGAUAACAACUACCCCGGCCAUACGGACUGUGAGUGGUUGGUGACGUCAGAGGAGGGUUACGGAAUAGAGUUGACCUUUACGACCUUCGAGGUGGAGGAGGAGGCGGACUGUGGUUAUGACUACAUAGAGCUGUACGAUGGUUAUGACUCUAACUCACACAGACUGGGACGAUUCUGUGGUUCUGGGCCCAGAGAGGAGAUCUACUCUGCGGGUGACGCGGUGUUGAUCCGUUUCCAUAGCGACGACACCAUCAGUAAGAAGGGGUUCCACAUCCGCUACACCAGCACCCAGUUCCAGCAGAACCUUCACACCAGGAAGUGAUGUCACAACACCACGACCCCUAGCCUCACUGUGCCGACAAGACAACCACAGGCCCCUUUUCUCCUCUGACUGACAGGCACCAAACACACACACACACACACACUGUUUUGAGGAGAGGAGUGAGUGUGGGUGAGAACCAGAGGAGAGAGGGGGAGGACUGAUCAGUCCGUCUCUUAACAGGGGAGCUUCUAGAACUCUGAGGACUACAUGUGAAGAGAGACUGGAUCACAGCUUCACACUGUAACAGGAUUAAUGGAACUGCUUUAACAACGGGAACUGGAUUAAAUACUGAAACUGGAUUAAAUACUGAAACUGGAUUAAAUACUGAAACUGGAUUAAAUUCUGAAACUGGAUUAAAUUCUGAAACUGGAUUAUAUUCUGAAAUUGGAAUAAAUUCUGAAACUGGAUUAAAUACUGAAACUGGAUUAAAUUCUGAAACUGGAUUAAAUACUGAAACUGGAUUAAAUACUGAAACUGGAUUAAAUACUGAAACUGGAUUAAAUUCUGAAACUGGAUUAAAUACUGAAACUGGAUUAAAUUCUGAAACUGGAGUAAAUUCUGAAACUGGAUUAAAUUCUGAAACUGGAUUAAAUACUGAAACUGGAUUAAAUACUCAAACUGGAUUAAAUACUGAAACUGGAGUGUGAACAGGAACUGGAUUUAAUACUGUAACUGGAGUGACUAACUAACUGACUGGCUGUUUGGCUGAAUGAGUCACUGACUAUUUGACUGAGUGACUGGCUGACUAUUUUACUGGCUAACUGACUGACUGUCUGAUUGGCUGGUUGACUGAUUGACUGGCUGACUGACUGUCUGAUUGGCUGGUUGACUGAUUUACUGGCUGUUUGGCAGGCUGACUGACUGACUGGCUAACUGAUUCACUGAUGGACUGGCUGACUGACUGAUUGGCUGACUGAUUCACUGAUGGACUGGCUGACUGACUGAUUGGCUGACUGAUUCACUGAUG